CGGGGGGGUUUUCUCCUCGAUCUCCGCUUCGAUCUUCGCGAUCUCCGGCCGCGCGGUUGCGGCACGCGGUUGUGUGCCAGCGGCGUCCUCGGUGAUCGUUGACGUAGCAAUCUCGUUCCGAGAGCGGGCGUCGCCCACAGGACUCGACGAGGGAAGCGAGCGAGCGAGGGCAAGCUUUCUCCAGCCGAGGGAAGUUGGCGCAAGCAAUGGAAUCCGAGUCCAGGCGCAAGGGCCCCAGAAGCCCCAGCGCCGAUUCGGACGACUCGUCGCAUGCCAGGAGGAGACGGAAGUACGAUCGGUCGCCGUCCCCGAGGAGGAACCGAUACCGCCGCUCUCGCUCCAGAGACAGAAGGUCUCGCUCGAGCUCCAGGGACAGAAGGCGCAAGGAGCCCAGCAGAUCCCAAGAUUGGAAGCAGCAAGCUCCGCCGGCCCAGACCCAGACCUCUGUGCCCAAUCCGAGCAAUUCCGCCGGCUAUGUUCCGGCGGUGCAUAAUCAAUAUCAGGCGCCUCCGCCAAACACGAGCCAGCCGCCGCCUCCCAUCUCCGCGUACAACCAGGGAUACAACAAUUACGGUUACAACUACGGCCCGGGCUACGACUACAGUUAUCAGCAGCCCGCAGGCUAUCGAAGUGAUUACCCGCCGCCCAACUGGCAGGGAAGUCAGGUGUCGUAUAACAGCCAGCAGGCGCCGCCGCCUCCCUCGUUGACGCCGCAGCAAGAAUCGUCGAGGCCGAUCGACAGCGGUUCCUCCGGCCUGGUGACAUCCUUAACGAGACCUGAGGAUGUCAAAAAAGAAGCUAUCGCAGCUGAGGUGAAACAGCAGAAAGCGACAUUGGCUAAACAACGAGAGGAGUAUGUUAAGAAAUCAGCCACGUUGCAACGCGAACUGGAAAUUCUGCGUCAGCAAUGUGACGAGAUAGGCAAGGAGGGUGGCCGUGAGAAUAAUCGAAUUUUAAAGGAGAAUCAGAAAUUGCAGAUCGAGAUACAAAAUAAAAUGAAGUCCAUUCACAAUGUCAUCGACAUGCUCACUGGUAUCAUCGGUGACAAGGUUACCGUGGACGACCUGAAGAGCAAGUUUAAGCUAGAAUUGAGUAAGCGUUCGAGAAGUCCAAAGGAGGACUUCCCGAAAGGGAAGUCCCCUUCGCCCGACAGAUCGUCAGCUUCCGAUUCGGAUAAGGAAUCCAAAGCGGAAAGAGAUAUUAGGGAGAGAAAGUCAUCGGAGGACAAGCCAAUGUACAAUUUCGUUCACUACGACCCCGAAAUGCAUUGGUGUAAAGUCUGCGAUAUCUUUCCUAAAACAGCAAAGGAAUAUUUAAAUCAUCUACAUAGCAAUGAACACAAAGAGGCUUGUGUAGAGCGCAAGAUUGUUGACAUGCCAUGGCAUGAGCGAAAUGGCGAAGGGACAGAAAAAGAAGUACCCUAUUAUCACGGACUACCGACGAAAAGAACGCCUAUUAAAGGGCUACAGUUCUUCAGCGCAGCAACGGCUUGGUAUUGUAAGCUAUGCGACUCCUGGAUAGGGGAUCUUCAUUGCGCUAGUCUACAUCUUAAAUCUAAACGGCAUUCCGAAAAUUUUUCCCGGUUUGUGGAGCAAAAUCCGCACUGGGAAACUGACUGGAUGGCAGACAGAGAAAAGGCAUUCUCCGAGGAAAAACACAAGCAGAUACAGUUGGAAUUGCAAAAGCAGAAGGACGAUGAUCCUCCGACAAAGUCGAAGAAAUCGAAGAAGAAUAAGAAAAAAUCGAAGAAAGCCAAGAAACGCAGAAAUAGAAGCAGCGCUAGUGAUUCGUCGAGUGAAUCAGAGGAUUCCGGUACAGAAUCCGAUCAAGAUACCACCAAGAGUAUACGCGUGGCGAUGCGAAACAAGAUGAAAGCGUCCACGCAGGCGAUUCUGAAUGAGGAGAUAGAUUAUCAGCGUAUAAAAUUGAAGGGACACUGGUCGAAGGCACCGCCACCAAUGAAUCAAUCGCCGCUGCCCGAGCAACAUCCGCCAGAGACGGACGACAGACAACUCUUGAAUUCGAUCAGGGACAAAUUGAAAGCCAAGCAGGAGGAAGAGAUGAAAAGUCGCAAGGUGAGUCAAGACAAGAUGGAAGAGGAGGAAGAAGACUCGCAGCACGAUAUCUACUCGAAGAAAUCGGAAGAUUUGGAGGCCUGGGGCCCGAAGGAGCCACCCAAGCCUUUCUGGAUAAAGAAGGAAGAGGAGAAGCAGUCGCAGCCGAUCGUGACAAAUAAACCGAUCGAGUUGCCGAAACCGGAAGAGAUGCCGAAGCCGCAUAUGGGAUUCUGGACUAAGCAGCAAGUAAACAUGACUGUGAAGCCGCCCGAGAGUAAAUCAGUGGACAAAGAGGAGGAGAGGGACCGCGAUCGAGAUCGCUACAAGGACGAUCGUGAUCGCAAGUAUAGCAGAUACGAGAGAAGGAGUCGGCGCGAUAGAGAUCGGGAUAGAGAUAGGGACAGGGAUCGCGACUACUAUGACGACCGUCGAAAGAGGGACAGGGACAGAGAUGGUAAUGAUUCUCCAAGGCGUGAUAGAAAUUGGCGCGACAGCCCCAAGAGAAGUUACGACAAAUACAGUAAAGACAGGCGGGGAGAUAAUGACAAUUCGUCGAACGACGAAUCGAAAUUCGACAAGAAGUCGAGCGAGUCCAAGUCGAAGAAAGGCGUCGUCAAGAAAUCCGCGCCGCAAGUAGCGGCCAAAGGUAAGUUGCCCUUCAUCGGUAGAUUGCCUCUGUUCAAAAAGAAGGCGGAAGAACCCAAGUUACCAGAAAAGGACAUUGCUCCGUUGCCCUAUCAGCAAAGCAAGUUUGAGGAUACGCCGAAGGUACCGAAUGAGAUCAUCAAUCCACCCGGCGUUGUGCAUAUCACCAAAUUAGCUACCCCGGUGAACUUGAAUAAUAACAGCAGCACUGCGACUUUACUGACAAGCAAGACUAGCAAUCAGACUAUGAAGAUUCUAGUAGCCCCGCCGCCGCCUGUGCUGAACGAGACCAAGCCGACCCAGCAGGUGGUUGACAUGGAGAUAGACGACCAGUCUGAGGAAACGGUCAUAGAAGAGCAGCCGAUAGUGGAGCAGCAACAAAAGCAGAAGCAAACUUCGAACGUGUCGAAACUGCCGUUACCUCCACAUCCACCGCCACCGCUGAAUAGACCACCGCCUAGUUUCACUCCGAGCCAGCAAUCUUCGGUGCAGAGUAGACCCCCACCAGUGCAGAGUUCCUUACCGGCCCCACACUUCACGCCAAAUCGACCGCCACCGCCGUUUAUGUCAACUCCACCACCGUUCGUUCAGGCACCGCCGAGAUUUUCGCCUCGUCAAACUGCGCCGCCCGCCGCCUUCAUGACGCAGCCGCCACCGAUACCGAACGCAAACUUCGUGCAGAAUCAUCAGAACCCGCCGCCGCCGCCUAUAACGACUGCGGUGGACUCAGGCGCUGUGGUGCCACCGCAUGCCGACGUGGCCGACAUACCGGAACCGUCGGAGAAACGCCCGACAGACCCGAGCAUUCCGUUGCCGGAUGAUCUACAAGAGGCUCUCAACAUAAUCUUCCCCAAAGAGGAGACGGCCGAGACCAAACAGCAACAGCAACAACAGAGCCAGCAGGAGUCUAACAUUAUGUAUUCUUCGAUGUACAGCAUGUUGGGCUGCGUAGGCUACGGUCCUGAAUACAUGGAUCAGCCGCCGCCCGAGAUUAUGCAAGAGGCAGAAACGGACACGCAACCUGGACCCGACGAUCUUCGCAUGUUGGGCAUCGAUGAGGGAGAUACGAUUUUGUAAAUCACUCUUGUGACGUACAAGUUUGCAUCUGGCGCUCCUGUUAAUCUUCACGAAAAGUUCUACUGCUAGGAGAAGAUUAAUCUAUUAUUGAUCCAUUUAUCAUUGUUCAUUUCGAUGAUAUCUGAUAAAUAUUUUCAUUAAGGAAAAAAGGAGCAGCUACGAGACAGAUAAGCUGGAAAUACUGUGAAUAUAAAGCCAGCCCCAUGAAUCGCGCAUAAGUCUGACAUCAGUUUUCAAGCGAUAUGUAUGGUCUGUAAAGAUUACUUAAUACAGUAUACAGUAGAAUUUACAAAUUGUCCGCUAGAUUAUAAUGUUUGUUAUUUCGUUAACACAGUAACCGUCUUCUCUUCGUUUGACGAGAUAUUUUUCGUUAGUUUUGGAACUCAUACUUAUUGCACAAUCAAUAUUACAUCUCGACAUUGGCAACAGCAACGAUUGAUGUAUAAUAGUUUUAAAACUUCAUCUAUCUCUUGACUAAAGUUGUAAGAAGUAUUUGUUGAAAAGCGAUAAAUCUGAUUGACGUUAUGGAAAUGUUAUCGAUGCAUAAGUCAAAAAGUAAAACGAGAUAUGUGUGUAAUAUCAAUAAAGAAACGCAAAUUUCA